AUGAGCGAUGUCGGCCCAAGGGAGACUAUUCGCCUGUCACCAGAGGGAAUGUGGAUUGAAGAUGGAUCAAUCCCCCGUCCAUUUGACUAUGAUGUUUAUCCCCCGGAGCCGUAUAUUCCGGGCUCAGAUGUUAUUCGCCAUGGAUCUGUGCAGUCCCGUGAUUCAUUGGAAGAGGAGAAUGUCGGCUCAGACGACAGCUUGGGAAACAGCGCGGAAGAAGAAGAAGUCGCGCUCCUACAAGAUGCGACUAAUGAAUCGUUAACAAAGAGGCCGCACACUGCCCAUCCUGUCUGGAACACUGUGGCAGAUAAAAUGGCGAAAGCAACGAGAGUGUCAAUGAACACGGACGAGCUGGGUGCAAUGUUGGAAGAAGCAGGAGGAGUAGAAAAGGCUGAUUUGAAGAUAUUUGAGGAUUCCCUCUUGUACUGCGAGAUGGCCACAAGACCAAGACGGAUGGCAGACGCGCAUCUUCGGAGAGCCAUGCGACUGCUAAUUUCUACAUUACACAGGCUUUGCGGAGUGACUGAAGAUGAAGCGCUUUUCUCUGAAGAACGAGAUGCAGACGAGAAAGCGACACAACUCCGGAAGGACGCGUUGAGAGCAGUCGCGUCACUAAGAGAUCCCGACCACGCCUAG